CUUGAGAGGAUCCUUUUUAAAAUCAACAGUGAGAAAAUGGAUAGUCCGGAAUCAAAGACUAUCUAACCAAAUCUCGAAGCAUAUCAUAGAGAGAGAGAGACAAAUCGACGACGAGCUUGGAAGAGAUGGCGGUGAUGGGGAAACUGAGGAUGUUUGUCGCGCAGGAGCCGGUUGCCGCCGCCUCUUGCUUGAUCGGCGGUGUUGGACUCGUUCUGCCUGCUGUUUUGAGGCCUAUUCUUGAUUCACUCGAGGCUUCCAAACAAGUUAAAGCCCCUCCCCUCACCCAUGUUAUUGCUGGUGUCACAGGGCAGAAACAGAGCUAAUCCCAUGCAAUGAUUUUUUUCCCUGUUUUCUUACAUUCAGAUUCCCUUUUUUUUCUUUUAACUCUUUUCAUUUCAUUCGAAACCUUUUCGGGACUCUCUCUCUAAAACAAAAAACCUCUCGCAUCUCUCCUGCUCAGAAGGCGGAACCCUAGCUCCGGCCCGACUAAUCCGGCGCCGGAGGCAUCUCUCCUUCCUUUCUCUCUCUUUUUUACUUUGCUUUUUGUCCUCCUACUUAAUCAUGGCCGAUAUGCUCAUGUGCUCUGGGUCGGAGAAUCCUCUUAAAGUUUCUGUUUGAGACUGACGAUGGUAUGAUCUGGCGUGCUUGGAGUCGCGGCGAGGUCAACGAGACGGUGGGAAGGAAGAAAGUCAGCUUUUAGGGUUGCCGGAGAAACCGGAUCUGGUUUUCUCCUUUUCAGAUUUCCGGCGACUCUGGUCCGACGAUGGCGCGUGGCUUCGGGAGACGCCCUCUGCUGCUUGGAUCUACGUCCCUAGACGGCGGUGAGACAAGCGGAGGAAGAUUCGACGGCGAGUGGACAGAGUAUGGUUUCUCAGUGCUGGGAAACACACGAACAAUGACUCCCGCCGAUUAAAGUGGUCAAGAGGAAGCUAUUCUAGCGGUGGUUCGUGGUGGUGGCUCUAUACCCUAGCGCCUGAAAGUCUUAUCCUUUGGUUUGAGUCCCACUUCUCUGAAAGCCCGAUGAGCUAUAUCGACCCGCGCUUUACGUAGCCGAAACCUGAAUUUCAUUCGGAUCUUGUGUCCGUUUUAAGGCUGAGGGUCACAACGUUCGAAGACCAGAAGGAUGAGGAGUUCUCGAUUAUGCACCUUUUGGUGAAGAGGCUAAUGAGUCAUGAGCUUUAAUGUCGAUCAUUAGGAUCCUUAGCUAGUUCCUAAUUAUGUUCGGUGAAGUCUGUAAUCUUGUUGUGUCAGUAGACGUUGUUGUACCAAGAGGUCGAAUUAGGAGGUUGAAGAGGUGGAUCAUUUCGGGUCGUGGAGUGAUCUCACACUCAUUGUGGUCCAAGGUACAUUGAGACUUCGGUUAGGUAGCGUUGGAUCCAAUCAAGUGAUCGAGGGUGUUACUAGAUCGCCUCAAUGUAUGUGUGGUAUAAGUCUCUUGUGGUCAAGUCUUUGUAUCCAUAUAUUUGGUGA